AUGUACCUCGUCACGACAGGCACGCCCGUCGUCACCCUGACCGGCACGCCCGUCGUCACCCUGACAGGCACGCCCGUCGUCACCCUGACAGGCACGCCCGUCGUCACCCUGACCGGCACGCCCGUCGUCACCCUGACCGGCACGCCCGUCGUCACCCUGACCGGCACGCCCGUCGUCACCCUGACAGCCACGCCCGUCGUCACCCUGACAGCCACGCCCCUCGUCACCCUGACAGCCACGCCCCUCGUCACCCUGACCGCCACGCCCCUCGUCACCCUGACCGCCACGCCCCUCGUCACCCUGACCGGCACGCCCCUCGUCACCCUGACCGCCACGCCCCUCGUCACCCUGACCGCCACGCCCCUCGUCACCCUGACCGCCACGCCCCUCGUCACUCUGACCGCCACGCCCGUCGUCACCCUGACAGCCACGCCCGUCGUCACCCUGACAGCCACGCCCGUCGUCACCCUGACAGCCACGCCCGUCGUCACCCUGACAGGCACGCCCGUCGUCACCCUGACAGGCACGCCCGUCGUCACCCUGACAGGCACGCCCGUCGUCACCCUGACAGGCACGCCCGUCGUCACCCUGACAGGCACGCCCGUCGUCACCCUGACAGGCACGCCCGUCGUCACCCUGACAGGCACGCCCGUCGUCACCCUGACAGCCACGCCCGUCGUCACCCUGACAGCCACGCCCGUCGUCACCCUGACAGCCACGCCCGUCGUCACCCUGACAGCCACGCCCGUCGUCACCCUGACAGCCACGCCCGUCGUCACCCUGACAGCCACGCCCGUCGUCACCCUGACAGCCACGCCCGUCGUCACCCUGACUGCCACGCCCGUCGUCACCCUGACUGCCACGCCCGUCGUCACCCUGACAGCCACGCCCGUCGUCACCCUGACAGCCACGCCCGUCGUCACCCUGACAGCCACGCCCGUCGUCACCCUGACAGCCACGCCCGUCGUCACCCUGACAGCCACGCCCGUCGUCACCCUGACAGCCACGCCCGUCGUCACCCUGACAGCCACGCCCCUCGUCACCCUGACAGCCACGCCCCUCGUCACCCUGACAGCCACGCCCCUCGUCACCCUGACAGCCACGCCCCUCGUCACCCUGACAGCCACGCCCCUCGUCACCCUGACAGCCACGCCCCUCGUCACCCUGACAGCCACGCCCCUCGUCACCCUGACAGCCACGCCCCUCGUCACCCUGACAGCCACGCCCCUCGUCACCCUGACAGACACGCCCCUCGUCACCCUGACAGACACGUCCCUCGUCACCUUAACAGACACGUCCCUCGUCACCUUAACAGACACGUCCCUCGUCACCUUAACAGACACGUCCCUCGUCACCUUAACAGACACGUUCUCGUCACCUUAA